AUGCAUGAGCUCUCGUCGUUCAUCGGAGGCUAUACCCAUCAUCCUUUUCAGCUCAACUCUUUCUCAGUCGGUCACGGAACCGGAUCGCGGUCGGCUCUCAACAAUAAUAAUAAUGCUGCCCGGACAGGGAUCAAACAAAUAUACUCAUCAAGGAAUAGAAAAGUGUUUACAGCAAGAGUACAUACAUCUUAUAUUGCCGAGUUUUCGGAUCCCGAGCAGUUCGUGGACGUCAUCAUGAAGAUUGACAUUCACACACACGUCCUACCGGAAUCCUGGCCUGAUUGGGACCAGCAUGACGCAGAUUUAUUGUGGCACUAA